AUGUAUGCACAUUGGGAAUUAUUUUUGAUUUUCCUUUCUUUUUUCCUACAUUCUUCAUUCCAUCUUUCUUUCUUUCUUUUUCUUUUUUUUUCUUUCUUUAUGAUUUUGUGUUAUUCUCUCUACUUUGAUUUCCUUUUUCUUUCUUCUGCCGGCCUCACAUUCUUUCUUUCUUUCUUUCUUUCUUUCUUUCUUUCUUUCUUUCUUUCUUUCGUUGCGCUUUCCUUCUUCACUACAUUCUUUCUUUUUUUAACUUUUUCUCAUCUUUUCUUUCUUUCUCUUUUUCUUUCUUUCUUUCUUUCUUUCUUUCUUUCUUUCUUUGAACUUUACUUGUUCCCUUUACGUUUUUUCAAACUCUUCUUUCUUUCUUUCUUUCUUUCUUUCUUUCUUUCUUUCUUUCUUUCUUUCGUAGCACUUUUCCUUUCUUUCUUUCUUUCUUUCUUUCUUUCUUUCUUUCUUUCUUUCUUUCUUUCUUUGAGAUCUCCUUCCCUACAUUCCGUCUUUUUUGCAACUUUCUUUCUUUCUUUCUUUCUUUCUUUCUUUCUUUCUUUCUUUCUUUCUUUUAUAAACUAUUCUCAUUCCCUUCCUUACUUUUUCCUUAUAUUUAAGCUUUUUCUUUCUUUCUUUCUUUCUUUCUUUCUUUCUUUUUUCUUUUCUUUUCCCUUCCUUACUUUUUCUUUGAGAUUUCCUUUUCCUUUCUUUCGUUCUUUUUUUCAACUUUUCUUUCUUUUCUUUCUUUUUUCUUUCUUUCUUUCUUUCUUUCUUUUCUUUCCCUUCUUUCCGUCUUUUUAA